GUUACCAUAUCGCAUUUGGCCGCCGAGUGCCGGUCGAUUUGGUUUGCACACGCUCGACGACGACGACGACGACGACGAACAACCCACCGGCCGAUCUCGGUCCGUAUUUUUUUAUUCGUGUUCAUGACGCGAACGUGCGCACCACAUCGCGAAGACGUUCGGUUCCGUUAUAAUAAAUCGACUCGAAAAACGUCCGAACAGCGACGGCGACAGCAAUAAUUAUUGUGUUAAAAUAACAGCAAUAACUGUAAUAAUAAUAAUAAUAUUAAUCGCGGUAAUAGUCGACGUCGGAAGGCGCAGUGCAAAACCGUUGACGCCGGGACGAACGCGCGCGCCGUUAACCGCUGCUGUUUCCAGCGCGCACGGACGAGCGUUUAAAUCACACCGCCAUCGCUGCUGCAGGGUACACAUUUAUUGUCAUUCAACCCACAUCAUCUCGGGUGUAUUUGGAGAACAGGAAGAACCAAAAAGGAUGAUUACUUUUGGACAACAUUUCGCCAUUUCCUUAGCCACUCAACAACACAAGAUUAAAAAUCAACCAGAACAAGAUCACCAAAAUCAACAAGAUACCUCACCAGGCGGAGUAAACAUUCUCUUGGGAGGGGUAAUGAUGAGUAGUAUGAUAUUAUUUAUUUUGUGGAUGUGUUAUUGUUGCCGAUGGAAAGAUAAUAAAUUUGAGGCAACAUCAUCAUGCGCUGACCAACCACAACCAUUUUGGAUUGAUGUUAAUUCAAAUGCUUACUAUGAAGCACUACAAUGGUCUUUACAUCAAGAAUGUUGUGAAAUUCCUGAAACACAUUGGCCACUAGAAACUACACAGGAAACACCACCAAGAUAUGAAACAGUAAUUACACCUCCACCUGAGUAUGAAGAUGUAAUAAGGGAAAAUUACAAAAAGAAAAAAACUAUACUAAACAUAACAGAAAAUAAUAGAAUGCAUACCAUUUGACCACAA